AUGAGUGGUGCCGGGGUGGCAUCCCGGAGCGCGGAGCAAAUCCCUCUUGCCACUGAUCUUCCAGUCAGGCUAUAUAUGAGAGCUCUCCGGCAGUACCAAAAGCUGCUUAACCUGAGGCGCCUCCCAUCAAAGGACAAAGUCGCAGUGCCUACUAAAGAUGAGGACCGCUGGCGCAACAAGGAGGAGGGUGCGCUGUUUAAACGUUGGAGGCGCACCGCGCCCUCCGCCGAAGCCCCUAAAUCUACACCGGCCCCCGCAACACCCACCUCCCAACCCUCCGAAUUACUGAAGUUCCUAGCUAUUAAUGCAUUGGAAUUAUCAGCACCCGCAUCCGAUGCUUUGUUAAAGUCUCGGUCAUCAGAAUGGUUUCAACUAGCCGGCCACCCGGGCUCUUUGGCACCCGCUGGCCCUGGCACCGUCUGGAAGCGUCGUGCAGCCGGGGAUCACCCUGCACAUAAUCCAGAGCGUGACGCUUACGAAGCGCUAGCCGCCUGUCCACAUAUGCGUUCUGCUAUCCCGCGAUACUAUCGCGAGCUGGAAUAUGGUGGUGAACGUUUCAUCGAACUACAAGAUUUGUUGCACGGCUUCCGAGAUCCUCAUGUAAUGGAUGUGAAGAUGGGCACACGUACUUUCUUAGAAGAUGAAGUUAGCAACGCCCGUGAUCGUCCAGAUCUCUACGAGAAGAUGGUGCGUUUAGACCCCAAAGCUCCCACUGACUCAGAGCAUGCUGCUCGUGCUGUUACAAAACUGCGCUACAUGCAAUUCCGUGAGCAACAAUCUGCUUCUGCCGAACAAGGUUUUCGCAUAGAAGCUGUGAAGCUGCCAGGACAACCGCCACUCACUGAUCUGCAGAAAGUUCGUGAACCUCACCAAAUCGCAUCCACAGUGGCCAGAUUCUUGGGUAAUAAUGAAGGCGCCCGUCGUGCUAUACUUGCAAGACUUCGCGAAAUCAGAGAUCUAUUCGAGCGUUCAGAUUUCUUUAAAACUCAUGAAAUCGUCGGCAGCAGUAUAUUCAUCAUUUAUGAUGAUGAACGCGUCGGAGCGUGGCUCAUAGACUUCGCGAAGACGAGAAAUGUACCCGAUGGUCUCCGGGUAGAUCAUCGUGCUAAAUGGGAGCAAGGAAACCACGAAGAAGGCUUUCUAUACGGCUUAGAUAGACUUAUUCAAACUAUAGAAAAUGUGAAGCCCCUUACACAAAGCCACGAAGCACCGGCGGAACCUGAUGUAUCACGUUGA